AUGGAUGUUCAAUCAUAUAGUGUUCCGUUUGAUGCAGAUCUGCAUGCUGCUGCUGCACAUCCGCCCCCAUCCCCCUCCCCUUCCCCCAUCACCCUUUCCUUUUCUCCACCCCCCUUUCCCUUUCCCCCAUACCUCUUUCCCUUCCACUCGUCCCCCUUCCCUUCCCCUAUCUCCCUCUCCCUUCCCCCAUACCUCUCUCCCUUCUUCGCACCCCCCUUCCCCUCCCCCAUCUCCCUUCCCAUGCUGCUGCUGCACAUCCUCCCCCAUCCCCCUCCCUUUCCUCCAACCCCCGUCCCCUUUCUCCAUCCCCCUUUCCCUUUCCCCCAUACAUCCUUCCUUUCUACGCAUCCCCCUUCCCUUCCCCUAUCUCCCUCUCCCUUUCUUCAUACCUCUCUCCCUUCUCCGCAUCCUUCUUCCAUUCCCCCAUCUCCCUUCCCCUUCCCUACAUCGUAUCCCCUUUUCUAUUUCCCCCCAUCCCCCUUUCCCAUCCCCUUUUCCCAUCAACCUUCCCCAUUCUCUGCAUCCCCCUUUCCCUUCACCCAUCCCCACUUCCCUUCCCCCAUCCCUUUUUUCCUUCCCCGCAUCCCCAUUUCCCUUCCCCCAUCCGCUUUCCCUUCUCUGAGCCUCCCUCCCUUCUUCCCGCGAUAG